AAGAACCGCCGCCACCCACGGCCCGCCGCUGCGGUACAGACCUCCCCUUUAACGGCGGCGGCUUCGCGCUCCGCUGCCCCCGCGGCGGCUGCUGCUGCUACUGCGGCUCCUGCUGCCGCUGCCGCCCGGCCUCGGGCAGCUGCAUCCUCCGGGCCGGGUUCCCGCCCCGCCCGGCCUCGCUAUGGUGUCCUGGAUCAUCUCUCGCCUGGUGGUGCUCAUCUUUGGCACCCUGUACCCAGCCUAUUCUUCCUACAAGGCCGUGAAGACAAAAAACGUGAAGGAAUAUGUGAAGUGGAUGAUGUACUGGAUCGUCUUUGCCUUCUUCACCACAGCUGAGACGCUCACAGAUAUCGUGCUUUCCUGGUUUCCUUUCUACUUUGAACUCAAGAUCGCCUUUGUGAUAUGGCUGCUGUCGCCCUACACCAAGGGGUCCAGCGUGCUCUACCGCAAGUUUGUGCACCCGACACUGUCCAACAAAGAGAAGGAGAUUGAUGAGUACAUCACACAGGCCCGGGACAAGAGCUAUGAGACCAUGAUGAGGGUGGGCAAGAGGGGCCUGAACCUGGCUGCCAAUGCCGCGGUCACAGCUGCUGCCAAGGGCCAGGGGGUGCUGUCAGAGAAGCUGCGUAGCUUCAGCAUGCAGGACCUGACCCUGAUACGCGACGAGGACGCGCUGCCUCUGCAAGGGCCUGAAGGCCGCCUCCGCGCAGGUUCCGGCAGCCUCCUGGACACCAUCGAGGACUUGGGAGAUGACCCUGCACUGAGUUUAAAGUCUAGCAUGAACCAGGCCGACCCCAGGACAGAAACCUCUGAGGAUGACACAGGGGACAAGGCUCCCAAGAGAGUCAAAUCCAUCAAAAAAGUGUCCAAAGUGGAGCCGCUGGCUUCCAAGACCCUGAAGACCCGGCCCAAGAAGAAGGUAUCUGGUGGGGGUGACUCAGCUUGAGGUCCCUCAUCCCCCCA